UGACAACGAUAUGUCGAUUUUGUUUUCUUGGCGCAAUAAAAUGUUUUGUAAACAACAAUGUUAUCGAAUGAAGUUCGUUUCCAUCGAAAAUCGAAAUAAUACUCCGUUCUGACGAACGACAUGGAUCCAGGAGUAAUUAAAAGACUCGAUGAAUGUGUGGUAAAUCGAAUUGCGGCUGGUGAAGUUAUACAGCGACCGGCCAAUGCGCUGAAAGAAUUAAUUGAAAAUAGUUUAGAUGCGAAAUCAACGAGCAUUCAAGUCACCGUGAAAACAGGAGGACUGAAAUAUCUACAGAUUGUCGACAAUGGUACGGGGAUUCGGAAAGCUGAUUUGGAGAUAGUUUGCGAGCGCUUUACAACAUCGAAACUGGAACACUUCGAGGAUCUGUCAUCAAUUCGAACUUAUGGUUUUCGCGGAGAGGCGUUAGCCAGUAUAAGUCAUGUAGCUCGUUUGACUAUUCAGACCAAGACCGCACAAGAAAAAUGUGGCUUUCGAGCAACGUACUCGGACGGAAAGCUAGUCGGAACACCGAAACCAUGUGCCGGCAAUCAGGGAACUCAAAUAAUUGUCGAAGAUCUGUUUUACAAUGUGCCGUUACGGAAACAGGCACUGAAGCAACCGAACGAAGAAUUCCAGAAAAUAUUGGACGUCGUCGGCAAGUAUUCCGUGCACAAUGCAAAUGUGGGAUUUGGUCUGAAGAAGAUGGGCGAGAAAGACUCGCUUCGGACGCAAUGCAAUUCAACGCACAGCAAAAAUAUCGCCGCUAUCUAUGGCAGCGACAUCGCUAAAGAGCUGCUAGAGAUCGAAUUUGACGACAGUGUGUUGCAGAUCUCAGUGAAAUGCUUGAUAACGAACGUCAACUACUCGUCGAAAAAGGGGACCUUCAUCUUAUUCAUAAACCAUCGCCUGGUUGAAUCUGUUGCUCUCAAGCAGUCGAUCGAUCAAAUAUACGCAACCUACUUAGCUAAAGGAAGUCAUCCAUUUCUGUACGUAAGCCUAGAAAUUGCUACCAGCAGCGUCGACGUAAACGUACAUCCAACGAAACACGAAGUACAUUUCCUCCACGAAGAGGAAAUUCUGUCAAAGAUAUCACAAGAAAUCGAAAAGAAACUUCUCGGAAGUAAUGCAUCGCGUAGCUUCUACACUCAAACCCUAUUGCCGGGUGCAUCGAAUCCGAUUGACAAUGUUGAGGAGGAGAAAUCCAGCCAGGACAUAAAAUACGCUAAGCACAUGGUCCGAACCGAUCCAAAGUCGCAAAAAUUGGAAAAGUUUUUCGGAAACACGACAAAGGACAAAUCGCUUCUGAGUGAAAGUCAGACGCAAAAUAGUUCGAAAAGUAAACCAAACGGUCAGGUCAAACCGAUACGGCUCAAGAUCAUUGCAAAGUUAAAAAACGAAAUCGAAAGAGAUUGCAAUUUUCAGCUGAAAGUUCUUCUGAACAGUUUGACGUAUGUUGGAUGCAUUGACGCUGAAAGGGCUAUCAUUCAACACGAAACCAAAAUGUACCUGUGCAACACCAAAAAACUGAGCGAAGAGAUCUUCUACCAAAUUCUGAUCUUCGAUUUUGGUAAUUUUGGCAAAAUUGAGUACGAUCCUCCAUUACCUGUGCGAGAACUUAUAGUUUUGGCAUUGAAGCAAGUAAAGCGUGAAUUAGAUUCCAACGAUGAUGCAAUGGAAGAGAUGGCUGAAGCUCUAUUACAAACCAUAACAACAAAGGCGGACGCACUCAAAUCUUACUACAACUUAGUCAUUGAAGAUGGGAAACUGUAUUCGCUGCCACUACUAAUCGAAAAACAUAAACCGUCGUUGUCCUUCCUGCCCAAUUACAUUCUCAGUUUGGCAACGGACGUUGAUCGAAAGAAAGAGGAGAAUUUCUUCAAGACAUUCAGCAGAAUAACAGCCGAAUUUUACGCAGAAAUAGCGAAGACCACAUCGGAAAGUGACUGGAAAUGGUGUGUCGAGCAUGUGAUUUAUCCCGCAUUGAAGAAUCAUUUUAUGCCGCCGCAACAGUUCGCCACCAACAAAGCAUUUCUGGAAAUUGCUAGCUUGCCAAAUUUGUACAAAGUCUUCGAACGAUGUUGAUGCUGAGUAAUAAAUAUUUAUUGACAACGCACACAAUCCGACGCUUUGAAUACACUC